AUGACAGGGCGCCCGCUACCGCCUCCUGGGAUUGCAAGGGCGGUAACUGGUCUUGCGCAGGCCGGUGCGGGAGACGCAAAACGGGCGCCGUGGACCAUCUCAACCACGGAAGUUCUCUGCGCAAGGAUGCACUCCUGGCAGUCGGCAUUGGAUUGCUACGAGUUUUUUCGCAAGCGACGUCUUCCUAUCGCAGAUGAAGCCGUGAUGUCGCUCUUGCUUCGGUUGCAAGUCGCGGUCAAGGGAGACGGGGUUCAUGCCUCAGCAACCGUUGGCGUGUUGAAGCCGUCUGCAUACUCCGAGUUCGACGCGGCAAGAAGGCAAGUGCACGGUGAAACGUCUCUACACUUGGGUUCUAGCGCACCAAAUAAUGAUGACGGCGUGCCGCACAGUCCACCAUCUCCCUUGGCUUUUCUGCUGCACAGCACGCAGUAUCAGCCCACGCUUCGUCCAUUGUAUCAUAGGCUUCGGUUCAUUACGCGUGACAUGGUUCCCUCUGCAGGGGAAGCUUCGGCAGCUGUGGGAACUGCGCAUACUGGGCCAAGCUCUCCGCCGCCUCCACAGGCCUUGUUCUCGGGUUUGCUACCCAUUAUCUCAGCUCCUUGCGCCGUUGUGAACCUUUCGUUGCGGCACAACCUUCGCAAAGGGCGAUGGGAGGAUGCGUUAAGGACUAUUUGCAACUUGUCUACCUAUGCUCUUUUGGAGUCCUAUGCACGGGAGCUUCACAAGUCUCGGGUGCAGAGUGAUACGACAUCUGUCCUGGACGCGGUUAGCCAUGAUGGCUGCUACAGGGCGUGCGUCUACCCACCCUCGCUGGUGCCGUUGAUGGAUGAGCUGCUGCUGCGAUGGGAGGCGUACUGGAGCGCGUUGAAUGGGGUAACGGAGGCGCAGCGCGUGCUCUCAGGUCUUCUCCAGUCGGCGCCUCCACCUCUUGGCCUUGCCGCCGCUCCUGCAGAUAAAGUGGCCACGCCUGGGGAAGGCCUGCCGGCCCGCGACGAAGCCUGCACGGAGAGCAGCUUGAACGAAAGCGUCCCCAACCCCCUGCUCAUGUUCCCAGAGUUAGAGAAGAGUAGUUUGGAGGUGCUGCGUCUUGCCGCCCUAAUCACCAGCUACAGGGAGUAUAAAGACGUGGACGAGCUACAGGAGGAACAGGAGAUAUUUCAUCGCCUCACCGAAGCGACGACGCGCGUUGCGGAAUUUUCCGUCUGUCAACGCGUGCAGCGAGGUUGGGCGGCGGCGGCGGCGGCGUGUCAGGGGCGUCGUGUGGUGCCCUCCAUUUCCACGGAGCAGCUCUUGCUUACUCGCCUGCUCCUGCGCGCGCCUUCCAGCGCGGCGGUGUUGCAGGUUUUAGAUGCGUGGCCGCGCCUUUCACCUGAGCAGGGUUGCAAUUCAGAAGCGAAAGAGAACAGGCCACCCUUUCGCGAUGCAGCACAAGUAACGCUGCGGUGCCCCGAGGUGGUCGCCGCGUUGGCCGCCCGCUUGCCGCCGUUAGACUUUCUUGAGGAGGUUGUGAACAAACGCUUGUCGUCGUCGAAGGUGCCACUGCAGCGACCUGUGCGGGAGGUGGUGAGGGCCUCGCUUCUUCGCGGCUGCCUCUACGACGCGGCAGAGAAGUUCUGGAUGCGUCAAGCACACCUUGAGCUCACUCAGCUCUGCGAGGUGGAGGAGGCGCGGCCUCCGGGCGACAGCCUUGUCCUACUCCUCCAAGACUAUUUAUCACAACGGCUAUCGUUGCGUGAAAAAAUGGAGUUUGUCUCCGACCUUCUUCAUCGUGUGGGCGAGGGAAAGUACGCUGUCGUUGUGGAGUCCAUGCGUAUUCUGGACGAGGAGGAGGCGAGCCGCCCCAGGAAUGCUGCCUCCCACCACACAGGCGGCCUCGCCCUGCUCGUACAGGUCAUGGCUUGCUGGAUCACGGAGGAUCACCGGCUGGGAGGUGCGGCAGUGUUGCUCCGUCACAUUCUUCAGGUGCUUGACGAGGGGCGCGCGGUAUCCUCCGAAGACCGCCUGGAGGCGUCUGAGCGGCGUCCCCACUCAUCUCUGCACAGGAGCGGGACAACGCAAGAGGUGAUGGCCGCCUUUUUUGAGGCGGUGGCACGCGUGGGCUUUUGCCCGACCGAUGCCGCAAGGCGCACGGGGGCAGAAGCGGAGACUGCAUUGCAGUGGCUGCGGCUACUGGCAGAAGUACCCUCGGCUCGCUGCGGUGAGCAGACACUCGUCGUGUGGCUCUUCUGGACGAUGCGGGCACGUAUACAGUGGGAGGAGGCCGCGACAUCCUCCCUUGCUUCCGGCGCUAUCGCAGCGGCAACCACCGAACGCGUUCUGGCGGCUGUCCGCAAUCUCAGCGCCGCGCUGGAGAAGUGUGAGGAGGACGCCGUGCUUCCACCCAUGCUGCUAAACUGGCUAACCUCCUGCACAGGAAUGCCGUGGGGCGACGCAACCGCGUGGCUGGCCAAGCAUGCAGGCGUGGAGGCUUCGCAGCGGCGGCGCUUUCUGUUUAUUCGCCUGCCCCUCGGCCACGUCGCGUUUGACGCCAUUGCCGACGCAGCCUCGCGACGAAAGCUGCUCUUAAGCGUCGAACGGGAGCUGCAGAGGGAAACGCCACGGACCGCCGGCGGCCCACGGCGGGAGCCGUGCCACGGAAACGAUUGCCUGGAGGCGCGGGUGCAAGAGCUGUUUAACACGAUUCGACACACGCUGCUACGUGCCUGGCAGUCUCGCGCCUUGUCUCCCUGCAGGCUGGGGGAAAUGGACCCCACUUUCACGCUUGCGCCUUCUUCCGCGGCCUCCGCACACGCUUUGCCUCCAGCCAAGCACGGGCUUCUCCACACUCGGCGUCGGGCGCACGGCGACGUCGUCCUCUGCUCCCUGCAAGAGAUACUUCGCUGCCUCUGUGAGGAGACACCGCUGACGCACGACGCGGCAAUGCAUGAGGAGAGAUGA